CCCUCGGCGCCCCGGGCCGCCUGCUCGGACUUCCGGUUUGGGAGCUGUACUUAGUGGCUGGAGAGCUGGAGCUGGGGCCUGGGCGGGACCCCGAGUGGGUGAGGCUGGCCAGGAGGCAAGGAUGCGAGGAGGUUGAGGGGUAGCUCGAGAGGGAGACCCUCCCAGGAGUGGGGUGGGCUGGAGGGCGCCCUUAGGGCGCCUUAGCCGGGUCAGAGGCCUCUGGAGGGACUGCACGACGGCUGCGGGUGACCCGGCCGGAGGGAGCGGAGACAAAGAGGCCGGAAUCCCGCAGCCGCCCUUCCUUCAGCUGAGAGCUCUGCGUCCUCGAACCGGCAGCACCUGGAGCCCCUGGCCGGCACCCGAGCUCAUUCUUAGGAAGCCGGUUACUACUGGUCCUCGGACUCCAUCUCUCCAACGCAGUGUGACUCUCCCCAAACCCACUCGGUCCUCGCUUUGGAGCCAACAGUGGUUUCUCUCCUUGCUUGAGGUUUUCCAACAAGUUGUGCCCGAAUUCUUGCUGAGAGGCUACUACUUCUACGAGGGGAAAACAAAGACUCGAGAUUCUGGACGUGAUUUUUGCCUGGGGUGGGCGUUGGGAGUUGUGCAGCCCGAGGGGGCUGGGCGGACGCAGAAGGCCUCGGGAAGGACUGCGGCGGUGUUUGGGGAGAUCAGCUGCGACCAGCUGGACAGAGGCUUUUUGUUGCCUUCAAGCAGGAUAGUGACUUGCCUUUAGAGCCUCUCGAGCUCCAGCUCACCUGUAUGGUUCGGACUGACUAUGCAGCAUUGGUCAGGGGAGUUAAAUGGGAUCAGAUUUGAAGGAGGUGGGAGAGGAGCGGACAGUACUUUUAUUCUCUGCUGCUUCCUGGGGCUGCUCUGGAAGUCAUCCAGAAAAGCAGCUUCUGCAGUCUUUUUACUGAAGAUUGUGCUACCUCAGAAGGCCACUUGGAUCAUAUAGGAAGGGAGACCAGUUCUGGAAAGACUUUUAGACAUAUGAAUAUAUUCCUUCUGAUAGUGCCAUCUUUCUCUGUCCUAGGAAGAAACUCUCCUUACAGAGAGUGUCAUCUGCAGGUGGACAUGGGAAGAUAGAUGUAAGCUCUGGAACCCAGACUCUUAAGUGGAGGGAAGCUGCUUUCUGCUGUGAAUGAUGGCCAAAUCUUCCCUGAGAGAGAAUAGCCCUAACUCUGAGACAUUCCGACAGCGCUUCAGGAGAUUUCAUUACCAAGAGGUGGCUGGGCCGCGGGAGGCUUUCAGCCAACUCUGGGAACUUUGCUGUCGGUGGUUAAGGCCCGAGGUGCGCACCAAGGAACAGAUUGUAGAACUGUUGGUGCUAGAGCAGUUCCUGACCGUCUUACCUGGGGAGAUCCAGAAUUGGGUACAGGAACAGUGUCCAGAAAAUGGAGAGGAGGCAGUGACUCUGGUGGAAGAUUUAGAAAGAGAGCCUGGAAGACCUGGACCUUCGGUCACAGUCUCUGUGAAGGGGCAGGAAGUGCGCUUGGAGAAGAUGACACCCCUGAAAUCAUCACAAGAGUUAUUAAGUGUUCGGCAGGAGUCAGUGGAACCCCAACCCAGGGGCGUACCCAAGAAAGAGAGGGCAAGAAGCCCAGACCUGGGACCACAGGAGCAGAUGAACCCAAAGGAGAAGCUCAGACCUUUUCAAAGGAGCGCAGGAUUUCCAUUUCUUAAAUCCGGUGUGGUCUCCAGGUUGGAGCAGGGAGAGCCAUGGAUUCCAGAUCUGCCAGGCUCCAAGGAGAAAGAACUUCCAAGUGGUAACUACAUGGGAGACAGACGAGUGCUUGCUGAUCUGUUACCAUCCAAGAAAGAUAGAAGAAGCUGGGUGGAACAGGAUCACUGGGGCUUUGAGGAUGAGAAGGUGGCAGGUGUGCACUGGGGUUAUGAAGAGACCAGAACACUGCUUGCAAUUCUCAGCCAGACUGAGUUUUAUGAGGCCCUCCGAAACUGUCACAGAAAUAGCCAGGUGUAUGGGGCUGUGGCUGAGCGGCUCAGGGAAUAUGGCUUCCUCCGGACCCUGGAACAGUGUCGGACCAAGUUCAAAGGUCUCCAGAAGAGCUAUCGGAAAGUCAAGAGCGGCCACCCACCUGAGACCUGUCCCUUCUUUGAAGAAAUGGAAGCCCUGAUGAGUGCUCAGGUCAUUGCCCUGCCCAGUAAUGCCUUGGAGGAAGCAGCCUCUCACUCUGGCCUGGUGGGCAGUGAUACUGAGACUGAGGAGCCAAGGCAGGGAGGCUGGCAGCAUGAGGCAGGAGCAGAAGAGGCUGUGGCUGAGGAGUCUGACAGUGAUGACAUGGAUCUAGAGGCGAUCCCCCAGGAUUCCAAUUCAACUGCACCUGUCCUGUUCAGAAGCCCAAGUGGUGUACACUGGGGCUAUGAAGAGACCAAGACUUACCUUGCAAUUCUUAGUGAGACCCAGUUUUAUGAAGCCCUCCAGAAUUGUCACCGCAACAGCCAGCUGUAUGGAGCAGUGGCUGAGAGGUUAUGGGAAUAUGGCUUCCUUAGGACCCCGGAGCAGUGUCGGACCAAGUUUAAAAGCCUGCAAACCAGCUAUCGUAAAGUCAAGAAUGGCCAGGCACCAGAGACCUGUCCCUUCUUUGAAGAGAUGGAUGCUUUGGUGAGUGCCCGGGUUGCUGCCCCACCCAGUGAUGGCCAGGAAGAGACAGCUUUUUGCCCUGUCCAGGGGACCAGUAAGGCUGAAGCUCAGAAGCAAGCUGAGGAGGCAGAUGAGGUCACAGAGGAAGAUUCUGAUGAUGAUGAAGAGGAUACUGAGAUACCCCCAGGGGCUGUUAUAACCCGUGCUCCAGUGUUAUUCCAGAGCCCCCGUGGUUUUGAAGCUGGAUUUGAGAAUGAAGAGAAUUCAAAACGGGAUAUUUCUGAGGAAGUACAACUGCAUAGGACAUUACUUGCAAGGUCUGAAAGGAAAAUUUUCCGGUAUCUUAAUCAAGGUAAAGGCAAUGAAAGUGACUGUAGAUCAGGAAGACAGUGGGAAAAGACCCCAGGGGAGAAAAGAAGAAAACUGACACUCCAAGAGAAGGGUUUAAGUGAAGUCCUAAGUGAAGAGAAACCUUGCUUGGGAGAGAGACCCUAUAAAUAUCUCAAAUACAACAAAAGCUUUGGUCCUAAUUCCCUUCUCAUGCAUCAGGUAUCCCACCAGGUAGAAAAUCCAUAUAAAUGUGCUGAUUGUGGGAAAAGUUUCAGUCGGAGUGCACGACUUAUUAGACACCGGAGAAUCCACACUGGAGAGAAACCUUAUAAAUGUCUUGACUGUGGAAAAAGUUUCCGUGACAGUUCAAAUUUCAUCACCCAUAGGAGGAUCCACACAGGAGAAAAACCUUAUCAGUGUGGUGAGUGUGGGAAACGCUUCAAUCAGAGCUCAAGCCUUAUCAUUCACCAGAGAACCCACACAGGAGAAAAGCCCUAUCAAUGUGAAGAGUGUGGAAAAAGUUUCAAUAACAGUUCUCAUUUUAGUGCACAUCGGAGGAUACACACAGGAGAGAGACCCCAUGUGUGUACUGACUGUGGAAAGAGCUUCAGUAAGAGUUCUGACUUACGUGCACAUCAUAGAACCCACACAGGAGAGAAACCCUAUGGGUGUCAUGACUGUGGCAAGUGUUUCAGUAAAAGCUCAGCCCUUAAUAAGCACCGAGAAAUCCAUGCACGGGAAAAGCUUCUGUCACAGUCAGCACCUAAGUAAGCCCCUGAGGAUAAUAAAGAGGCUCAAUAAAUGUAUUGUUCAGAAGUCUUCCAAAA